GUUACGUACGUUACGUCACCGGUGCAGUGGGAGGAGGGUCGUGUUGUUACCGCUGAGAUCCUGUGCCUGACAAAAUCCGGCGGCGAAGAAGCGGUGUGAAGGGGUAGUGUGAUUCAUCUGGUCCAGUUUUCCUUGAAGAUCAGCAAUGGCCUUCAGCAAGGGUUAUCGUAUUUACCACAAGCUGGACCCUCCCCCGUACAGUGUAAUCGUGGAAACCAGGAAUCGUGAGGAAUGUCUCCUGUUUGAGUCAGGGGCUGUUGCUGUACUGUCCUCGGCCGAGAAGGAAGCAAUUAAGAACACGUACAGUAAGAUGCUGGAUGCCUACGGGAUCCUGGGAGUCCUCCGACUCAAUCUCGGGGACGCUAUGCUCCACAGCUUGGUUGUGGUGACUGGCUGCAGCUCCGUGGGGAAAGUCCAGGACUCGGAAGUGUUCCGGGUCACUGCCACCGAAUUUGUGUCCCUUCGCAACGACCCCACGGACGAGGACAGGAUCUCGGACGUGCGCAAGGUCCUGAAUUCUGGGAACUUUUAUUUUGCCUGGUCCGCCACCGGAGUGAGCAUGGACCUCAGCCUGAACGCCCAUCGCAAGGUCAAGGAGGACACUACUGACAUCCGUUUUUUCUGGAACCAAUCCCUGCACCUUCAUCUGAAGCACUAUGGGGUGAACUGUGACGACUGGCUGCUGCGCCUCAUGUGCGGAGGGGUGGAGAUCCGCACCAUCUACGCGGGCCACAAGCAGGCCAAGGCCUGCGUCAUCUCCCGCCUCAGUUCCGAGCGGGCCGGCACACGCUUCAACGUGCGCGGCACCAACGACGACGGCCAAGUGGCCAACUUCGUAGAGACUGAGCAGGUAAUUUUCCUGGAUGAUAAAGUUUCUUCCUUCAUUCAAAUCCGUGGCUCCAUUCCCCUGUUCUGGGAGCAGCCUGGCAUUCAGGUCGGGUCACACCGGGUCAAGCUGUCCCGAGGCUUCGAGGCAAACGCUCCAGCUUUCGAGAGGCACUUCUGCACGCUGCGGAGGCUGUACGGCAGACAGAUGAUCGUCAACCUGCUGGGGAUGAAGGAGGGCGAGCACAUGCUAAGCAAGGCCUUCCAGAGUCACCUGAAAGCGUCGGAGCAUGCCGCCACGGUGAAGAUGAUCAACUUCGACUACCACCAGAUGGUGAAGGGGGGCAAAGCAGACAAGCUGUUCAGUGCGCUGAAGCCGCAGCUUAACAAAUUCCUGGAGGACUGUGACUUCUUCUACUACGCUGGGGAAGGCGGGGUUCAGAGGUGCCAGACUGGAACCAUCCGGUCCAACUGUUUGGACUGUUUGGACAGAACCAACAGUGUCCAGGCCUUCCUUGCACUGGAGAUGCUGCCCAAACAGCUGGAGGUCAUGGGUCUGUCAGAGAAACCCCAGCUAGUGGCCAGAUUCCAGGAGGUGUUCCGCUCCAUGUGGUCCAUCAACGGCGAUUCCAUCAGCAAAAUCUAUGCUGGCACUGGUGCCCUGGACGGCAAGGCUAAGGCUGGGAAGCUGAAAGACGGCGCUCGCUCCGUCACCAGGACCAUCCAGAACAACUUCUUCGACAGCUCGAAGCAGGAGGCCAUCGACAUCCUGCGCCUGGGCAGCACCCUGAACAGCGACCUGGCCGACAAGGCCCGGGCCCUGCUCACCACCAGCAGCCUCUACGUUUCAGAGACCAUUUUGCAAUCAGCAUCUCCCAGAGUCCUCCUGGGCAUGUGCCAAAACUACCAGAAGUACACGCAGCCCAAGCAGGUGCGCGUCUGCGUCGGCACCUGGAACGUCAACGGGGGAAAGCAAUUCCGCAGCAUCGCCUUCCGCAACCAGACCCUCAACGACUGGCUCUUAGAUGCCCCUAAGAAGGCGGGACUCCCUGAUUUCCAGGACAGCAAAGCUCGCCCAGUAGACAUCUUUGCUAUUGGGUUUGAGGAAAUGGUAGAGCUGAACGCCGGCAAUAUCGUCAGCGCAAGCACGACCAAUCAGAAGCUGUGGGCCGCUGAACUGCAGAAGAACAUCUCCAGGGACCACAAGUACGUGCUGCUGGCCUCGGAGCAGCUCGUGGGGGUCUGCCUCUUCGUCUUCAUCCGGCCCCAACACGCCCCUUUCAUCCGGGAUGUUGCCGUGGACACGGUAAAGACUGGAAUGGGAGGAGCCACAGGGAACAAGGGGGGUGUGGCCAUCCGCAUGUUGUUCCAUACUACCAGCAUCUGCUUCAUCUGCUCUCACUUCGCUGCUGGACAGUCCCAGGUCAAGGAGAGGAACGACGACUACAAUGAGAUCACCCGCAAGCUCAGCUUCCCCAUGGGCCGGCUGCUGUACUCCCAUGACUAUGUGUUCUGGUGCGGUGACUUCAACUACCGCAUCAGCCUGCCCAACGAGGAGGUGAAGGAGCUCAUCCGGCAGAAGCAGUGGGACGCCCUGAUUGCCGGCGACCAGCUGGCGGAGCAGAAGAGCGCAGGCCACGUUUUCCGCACGUUCAUCGAAGGCGACAUUAAUUUCCCGCCCACCUACAAGUAUGACCUCUUCUCUGACGACUAUGACACCAGCGAGAAGUGCCGCACGCCAGCUUGGACGGACCGUAUUCUCUGGAAGAGGAGGAAGUGGAACUUUGAUAAAAGUGCAGAAGAGAUGAACCUGGUGUCCACAGCUCAGGAUGAUGAGCACGACGUGCCGCAGUACCUCUGGACACCUGGCACCCUUCAGUACUAUGGCAGAGCGGAGCUAAAGACCUCGGAUCACAGGCCUGUGGUGGCCGUCAUAGACGUGGACGUGCUGGAGGUGGACCCCGAGGCGCGGCACCAGGUAUACAAGGACGUCAUCGCCCAGCAGGGCCCGCCUGAUGGCACCGUGCUCGUGUCCCUCUGCGGCUCUGGCGAUGACAACUUCUUUGAUGAUGGCCUGAUCGACGAGCUUCUGGACAAGUUCGCCGCCUUCGGGGAGGUCAUCCUCAUCAGGUUUGUGGAGGAGAAGAUGUGGGUGACUUUCUUAGAAGGCUACUCCGCCCUGGCUGCUCUCUCUCUCAGUGCCUCCACGGUCCAAGGGAAGACCAUAGACAUUCGGCUGAAGAGCCCUGACUGGAUCAAGAGCCUGGAGGAGGAGAUGAGCGUCGAGAGGGUCUUUGGGGGUGUUCCCACAUCUGCUAGCUCCAGCCUGCUGGCCGAGGAUGCGGAUACAGGUGCCGACUAUGACAUGGAAGGCGACGUGGAUGAGGACAGCGCGGAGUUGGAGGAGAUUCUCCCCCAGCACCUCCAGCUGAACUCCAGCUCAGGCCUGGCCACAUCACCUUCCGCAUCGCCCAGAAGCAGCCCCUGCCCUUCACCGACCCACGGCGAAGCGGCGCCACCAUGCCGGCCCAGUCGCGCACCGCCACGCACUGCCGGCCCUCCUCCAGGAUGCUUAAGUCCAGCAGCGUGUAGGAGGGAGCUUGCAGGCUCUCCGGUGGAUUUCCAGCCCAUCGCCCCGCCGUCUCAGGGCCUGGAGCCGAAGCGACCCCCUCCCCCGCGCCCCAACGCCCCCCCUGCCCGGCCCGCUCCCCCGCAGCGACCCCCACCUCCUUCAGGAGGUAGAAGCCCCACACCAGCUAGGAAAGACUUGGGAGGACCAAAAAGUCCAGCAUUACCUCGAAGUGACUUGGGUCGAGGCCAAGCUGCAGGUGGACCUGCUGCUGGAGGGGCUGCCAGACCGAACAUCCCCCCACGAGCGGGGGUUAUCAGCGUGACCCCCCAAGCCCGCCCACCUCCCCCGGCUCACCCCGGGGCUCCCAGGCCUGUCCCAGAGGUGCACCCAGGGGCCCCCAGACCGAUGGCAGAGACGCACCCUGGAGCGCCGAGGGCCACCCCAGAGCCGCCGGUGAGACCACAGAUGGCCCCGCCCCUACAGCCUCAGAUGGCCCCGCCCCUACAGCCUCAGAUGGCUCCGCCCCUGCAGCCACAGUUGGCUCCGCCCUUGCAGCCACAGAUGGCAGCCCCACUGCAGCCGCAGCCUGCAGCAGCCCCUCAGGCCCCUCCCCCUCAAGCCUCAGCAAGCUUGGGUUCCCCAAAGCCACCUCCCCGGAGCCGCUCUGCCCAUAACCUGCCUCCUCCCUCCUCUCAGAUCAAUGGGAUGAAUGGAAUUCAGAAAGAAGCACAAUCAAAGCCCGACCCCUUUGAGAGUCUCACCCUCGGCCUGUUCCCCUCCACGCCCACUUCCUGGUCCAGCACGCAGUCCCUGACGAGAAGUUGCUCUCUGCUCAGCAGCCCCACCCCAGCCUCUCUGGCCCCGCCUGGCUCUUGCACCCUGCAGCCAACGUCACAGUCCUCCCUGCAGGAUUUGCCAGGUUGGCCUUCCUCUCUCACACCCUCCCGCAGUCGAUCCCAGGAGAUUCUGCGUACGUCUCCCAACCCCUUCCUAUCCGACAUCCAGUCAGGAAGCACUAAUCCCUUCACCAGCCAAAUGUCCGCAACGCAACGCCGUUCCCUCACACCCGACUUCCACUCCCAGCAGCAAGCAAUGGCCUCAAAGUCGCUUCUCCUCCAACCAACCACAUGCCCCAUCCCCUCCAAGGUCUCCACGGUGGUAUCCCCUUCAGCUGCAGAAGACAGCACCCAAGAGUGGGUCAAGUUUGACGACGACUCUGAUUUCCCCGCUCCAGUGAGGACUCCACCAAUGGCAACGCAAACAACUCUCCCCACCUUGACUGGAACCAGCACCAUCUCUGGGCCCCCUAACCCACAAGCCCUGUUCCCCGGCUCUGGGUUUGACCUGUGCACAGAGCCUCCCUCCUCUACAUUCCCAGCCAUCCCCCCUCCCAUUCCUGCAAGGACUAAAUCUGGAAACCCUCAGCCCUCCUUGAGACUAGAAAGCAGCUUUCUAGUAUCUAAGGAGAUCACUGAAGGACAACAGUUUUGAAAUUCAUUGAUCUAGGAGCUGCAUGUCGUAUAACUGAAUAGUGACAAGUAUGCGUCUGUUUAAACUCAUGUACGGUUUGAAUAAACUGUAUCAUACACAGUUAAAGGACUGUACGAUCAUUGAAUUAGGUCUAUUUGAGUGCAACAUGGGUUCAAAUGCAGACGGACCAGGAGCUUUUCCAGUUUCUUUUUUUCGUUUGUUGCAGUGCGAAGGUGACAGUGGUUUUAGUGAUUCACCAAAGCCUCAAACUUCAUUAAUUCUGACUGGAAUCCUGCCUGUAUUGCUUAGAUGCACAUUGGUGUGUCACUAUAUGUAUAUACAUAUCCAUUUUUUUGUUGUUUAAUUUGUGCAAUAUUCAAGACAUGCGUGUCUGCACAUUGGCAACUGGCACGCUUCUGAAUACAAGCGUCUGAAUGUC